UUCAUUGAGUGGAGACUAACGGACUGUAAAGUUAGCUGCAGUGGACGGCUACUGUUAGGUUCCAAAGACGCCGUUGCUGUUCCGGGGCCUUGUUGCCUCUCUCCUUCUCUCUCUGUCUCUUUCUCUCUAUCUCUCCCUCUCUAUCUCUUCCUGCCUCUCUCUCUUGUUCACUCUACCUCUCCUUCUCCUUCUCUCUCUGGUUUCUUGAGGUGACAUUUGGGCAGUUGAACAUGUCUAACCCCUGCUCCAGUCUUCUGGAGGUGCUUGGAUUAAUAGUUGGCGUUGGGGCCUGGUUCUGCUCUCUGGCCGCCACAAUAAUGCCAUCGUGGAAAAGCCUGUCCACCGAGCUGCUGUCUGCAGAGAGCUACGAGGUGGGCCUGUGGGAGACCUGUGUGGUGCAGGAGGGGGGGGCCACGGAGUGCCGUGAGUACGACAGCCUGCUGGGCCUCUCUCAUGACAUCAUGCUUGCCCGCAUCCUCAUGUGUCUGUCGGACGCUUUGGCCCUGUUGGGCAUCAUCAUUGCCAUCCCUGGACUGAAGCAAGUGAAGAGCUGUCAGUGGGAGGAGGGCUGGCGGGUGAAGCGUGGGAUGAAGAUCACAGCAGGGAUCCUGUUCUUAAUAGCUGGCAUUGUGGGACUCAUCCCCGUCUCCUUCAUGGCCCAUGAUAUAGUGAAGAAGUUCUUCGACCACUCAUUGCCGGAGGUGGUGCCUCGCUUUGAGUUCGGAGAUGCAAUGUUUGUGGGCUGGGCUGCAGGGUUCCUCCAUGUGGUUGCAGCGAUCCUGUUCUUCGCCUCCUGCUCAGGGUUGGGCUAUGCAGAGCCACGUCUGGUGUACCACCGGCGCCAGAAUGAGUACCCGAAUGCCCCAGGACCUUCAGGAAAGCGCACAGAGUAUGUUUAAUGGACUUUCAACGAGCACUCCCACAGCUGUACCACUGGGACAUUGAACAAUGGGACAAAAAUGUGCUAAAAAUUUUUUUAAACUGUUUUCUGAAAAUAUUAUUCUUAAGAGUUUAUAGCUGAAAGAUGAACUUUCCUCCAUAAUUCCCUGUUCCCUGGAAAUCAGCUGCACUCACACUGCUCUUUUCAUUGGCCACUACAGUGCAACAGGUAAAUUGUUUGAUUAAACCUACCAGUAUGUGGUAUGUCAGCACCACUAAUUUGUUCUCUUCUGCAGUGCUGAUAUUCAUGUGCAUACUUUUUCCUAGCCAAAGGCAGUUUUCUUUGCUAUCUAUAUGUCUAUGCUUCACAUCAAUGUACUAUUUAAAUGUGUAUUUAGGGAUGUAAAUAAUAUUUUACAUUAAAAGAAUUUUUGAUAUAAA